AUGCAUAAAUCAUAUCAGUCAACACUUCCCGCUUCCAACCGACUCUUGAAGAAAAAAUGGGACGACAAAUAUUACGAUGAACAUCGAAUUCUUGUACGCGAUGCGCGGCCAAGCAUCGAUACGCGUCCUCCACAAACAUAUAUGCAUCUUCAUAUGAAAUUGAAAAAACUUCAAUUACAAGAGGAACGCACAGCAACAAUCGAACGUGAUAAUCGCAUCCUGUUAGAGAAAAUGUCCAAUACGAUGAGAACAACCGGUCAGAUUGAUAAUCGAAAUUUCUAUAUCCCACGAAGUUUGAAUCAAGAAAAACGUCGACGAGAAUUGUUGCGCGUGUCGAAAGAAAAUGGAACACUGGCCAAGCGAAUUAUCGAUCGGAAACCUAUCUUAGGUCGAGAAGAUUGGCAGAAGAGUUCCCAACAGAACAACGCCUAUUUAAAUAAUAUCGCUAAGUAUGAUGCUAAUUGGCAUUGUAGAAAACCGGCAAGUGCGAGCAAAAAGGAAGAAUCGGAAACAACUGAAAAACCCAAAUCAGAAGAACCGGAAAAUCCACCUGCGGAGAAGAAAGGUGUUGGCAGUCUUGUCAAAGCAAACCCUGUAGCUUCAGACAAAGCGACAACUGACAAGAAAAAAUAA